AUGGAAAACCUAGAUACACCGCAAAUAAUUACGCAUAUUGAAAAUAAUAUAAAUCACUCAAUAUUUGAUUGUAAGUGGAUACCGUGCUCAGCAAAAUUUGUUGUAAUUGGAUGUUUGCCAAAGGGAAGCGGUACUAUAGAAAUUUUUGAAAUUACCUCUGGAGAGGCUCACAAAAUAAAAGAUAUUGAAAGACCUAAUUCUUUCAAAUGUGGUACUUUUGGUGCUAGCAGUGAUGUCGAACGAAGACUAUCAACAGGUGACUUCAAAGGGACCUUAGAAAUAUGGGAUUUGGAAAAAAGUUGUCAAGUGUAUAUAACAAAAGAGCACAAAGAUAUUAUUAAUUCCAUAGAUGGAAUGGGAGGCAACACUAUGAAUUGUGGUGCUCCAGAAAUUGUCACUGGAAGUAGAGAUGGAACUGUGAAAGUUUGGGAUCCUCGUCAGCGUGGCAAACCGGUCGCUAACAUGCAGCCGGCUAUGGGUGAGACGAAGCGCGACUGCUGGACAGUGGCAUUCGGCAACUCGUUCAAUGAUGCUGAGAGAAUCGUCAUCGCUGGUUACGACAAUGGGGACCUCAAGAUGUUCGAUUUGCGCACGAUGUCGCUCAGAUGGGAGUGUAACUUGAAGAAUGGGGUUUGCUGCGCCGAGUUCGACCGCAAAGACAUUCCAAUGAAUAAAUUAGUAGCGACAACACUCGAGGGAAAAUUCCACGUGUUCGAUGUCAGAACUCAAAAUCCAACCAAAGGAUUUGCACAGGUAAUGGACAGUACAUCAAAGAGUGGGACAAUAUGGGUGGCCCGCCACCUUCCUCAAAACCGUGACAUAUUCAUUACGUGUGCCGGGAACGGACACGUGUCACUUUGGAAAUACGAAUACCCAGAACAGCGUUGUCGCGUCGACGACAAGGGUGUCGCGUGCGGUGUCAGCGGUCGCUUGAAUCGCUUGCAGCGGAUGGUGAUCAGCACUCAGCCGCUUAAUGCGCUAGAAUGGAACAGAGAUCAUCUGGGAUUAGCACUCGCCACCUCCUAUGAUCAAUACGUGAGGGUAUUGCUCACCACCAAACUGAACUUACACUGA